CUCAUAAGAUCUGCUGAUUUUUAGGAAAGAGACAUCUGGAAAAUGAAGAUAAAUUGUUUGGGCGCUUCUGAAAUAUUUUUCCAUCCAUUUUUCAAUUACCUUUAUCUUAAUGGGGUUGCAAUGGUGUGGAGACUGUCCCAGAAGGUAUAGGGUGCAAGGCAGGGCGCACCCUGAGUGGGAUCGCGGCUCAGGAAGGGCCACUGAUGCGGAAGCACUCAGACCACAAGGUUCAAGGGCAAUUUUUACUCACAUGCAGUUGGGCUAUAACUGGCGAUCUGACACUUUAUUCCACUGAUUGCUCCUCCAGUGUGUCUCUGGCACAAGGCAGCGGCAGUGUUCUUUUAGUUAUUUAUUAAUAUCUGUAAUAUUUAUUUAAGCCUGCUUCGGCUGCAAUACUUUGUUUUGUACUUGUUGGCACUAUGGCCUACAGCAGAGGUGGGCAACUUUAUCCAGAAAGGGCCGCUGUGCAUGUGGGUUUUCACUGCAACUCCCUACUGAGAUUUCUAAUUAGAGGACUGAUUGGCUGAAGAGUCUGCACACCUGGGUUGAACAGCUGACCUAAAGGUUAUCCCCAAAACCAAUAUACACAUAUGCCCUUUGCGGAUAAGAUUGCCCAUCCCUAGCCUACAGGAUGCUCAGGCGUAAGAUUUCCACUGUCCAAAGGGCAUUUCCUCUCAUCUAAGCCAUAUGAUACAGUUCUUGCUUAAUUUGGCCAUAAUGUAAGGAAGUUGAACAUGAUUAAAUUCUGGCAAUAGAAUUGGAAUGAUUUUCCUUAGUGAUGCGUUAUUAUUAGUUAUUGACAUUAAGUAGCUAUACUUCACGUGAACCACAAAGAAGCCAUUACAAACGUGAAUAUUUGGGGAACUUUGAUAUAAAAAUACAAAUUCAUACGUAUGUAGCAUACCUACCUAUUAUUUUAACAUGUAUAAUCUAGAUGUGCAUAUGUUUUUGAAUAACACAUAUUCCUACAAGCUAUAUAUAAAAUAGGAUUUAUCAUUGCUGAAAAUCGCGGAGUAUUUCUUUGUAUUUCGUAACAACAGUCUGUCGUUUUGCACGCCUUAUGUCCAGCGUCUGCUCUCGAUUCGUUAAGCCUGCGGAUCAGACGGGAUCGAAACGGUUUUUUGAUACGUAUGACGCAAUGCACUGCGCCCCCCUCCCACCCCACCCCGACUGAGCCUCCUAAUCAAGCAAACGCAACCAGUGCCAGCGGGUUCUCCGUGCAUCGCGGCUCGCUUCUAGCACGACCAUGGUGCGCAGGAGCCGCCUUCCCGCACAAAGGGCUAAAUCUGCUCUUUCGAGAGAGACGCUCCCACCGUGACAGUUUUUCGGCUUACGGCUGCACUGCACUUCGUAUCUGCGAUGCUCCGUGGGUGCUGCCGCAAAGGGCUGCGCACCACCGAAAUCGGGCCGGUUCUGUCAUGGCUUUCAGGAGGCGAGUGGGGAGGAUGCGGAGGUUUGGGUGCCAUCGGAUAGGUCUGCUCUGGAAAGGCCUCCUCCUGUUUCUUGUGGCCGCUUUCGCCGGGCAACUCCUGGGCAUCAUCUUCAAUAAAAGUGCAGAGAGGCCCCCGUCGCUCUUCUCGCUGCCAUCCAUGGACUCCCUCGCGCCUCCUCUCGGAUUCUGCCAGGUGCGCACCCACGUCAUGUUCUUGAAGACCCACAAGACCGCCAGCAGCACCGUGCUCAACGUGCUGUACCGCUUUGGGGAGGAAAGGGGCCUUCAGUUCGCCCUGCCCCUCGGUUACCAGUUUGGCUACCCCAUGCACUUCAUCGCCCACAGAGUUAAAGGGUACCGAGGGCCGCGUGCUGUGGAGUUCAGCAUCAUGGGCAACCACAUGCGCUUCAACAAAGUGGAGGUUGAGAAGGUGAUGCCUGCGGACACGUUCUACUUCUCCAUCAUCCGUGACCCCGUGGCCCUGGCAGAGUCGUCCUAUGGUUAUUACAAAGCGGUGGCCCCUGCGUUCAAGCGAUCGAAGGGACUCGCGGACUUCGCCUCAGACCCGUGGCGGUACUAUGACCCCCGAUUGCGUAACAACCACUAUGCCCGCAACCUCCUGUGGUUUGACUUUGGCCUGGACCAUAAUUCCAACUUCUCCCUGCCCUUAGCCAAGAGAGGGGAGGCGGUGGUGCGCAGGUCCUUCAGUCUUAUACUGAUAUCGGAGUACUUUGAUGAGUCUAUGGUACUCCUCCGCCACGCCCUCUGCUGGCCGCUGGAUGCAGUGGUCUCCUUCAGCCUGAAUGCCCGGCAAGCAGGGGCCAGCAGGGGGAGCUUCGGUGGGAGACUGACUCUGACAGAGGAGCAGAAGCAGAAACUCCGAGAGUGGAACGCACUGGACUGGCACCUCUAUGUGUCCUUUAAUCAGACCUUCUGGGAGAAGGUGGAGCUCUUCGGGAAGGCCCGCAUGGAUACGGAGGUGGCCCUCUUGAGGACCCGGCGGGAUGUAAUGGCCCGGAUCUGCCUUCAAGAUGAUGGGCGGCCUGUGGAGGCCAGUCGUAUCCAGGACAAGGCCAUCCGACCAUUCCAGAGUGGGAUGGUGAAGAUUCUUGGGUACAUGCUGAGACCAGGCCUGGACAAUGCAACCUAUCAUGCAUGCCUGAGGAUGAUCAGGCCUGAGAUCCAGUACAAAGACUUCCUUGAUGCAAAGCAAUUCCCCCGCCCUCUGCAGCCCUCCGUGUUGGGUGCUGGAUCCCUGCGGAGAGAACUGCAACCCCCCAGGAGAGCUGAGCAGAGACCAGUGAGAGGAACACAGAGCAGCUUAGACAGGAUGGGUUUGGGUCUCGACCAGACUGCACCCCUGGCAGGAAGGAAACGCCCACUAAGAUAGCUGUAAAACCUCUUCCUGUCUGUUAAAUGCAGAAGCAACCUGAACUGGUUCUGACUGGCAUAUGACACUCAGGCUCAGAAAAGCUCUAUGAACACUGCUAAGGAUAACUGCUUUCCUCCCCUGUUUUCUUUGUGUUUUAAUCGCAUCUGUACGCACUUUCGGAAAGAGAAUCAAAAUGCAGGUCCCCAGCGUCCGCCGUGGUGUAUUGCGAAAUCAGGUUGAUGGUCAGCAGUUUUUCUUGAAUAUGGAAAUGAGCGUUGAGACUGCGUGCGCGGCGAAGGAGGAGGCGAGAACCAGUCAGCAACGGAGGUGCGGCAUUUAGAGUGUCCUGGUGCAUGGACGUGUCCGCUUGGCCCCCUAGCGGAAACAAGCAGGACGCUCCCGUGCAAGUCCCCUGCACGCAUUCGCAGAAUGAGCAUAGGCGUCCCCUGCCCCCAGGGGGGGUGCCACUACACUGCUAAACCCGUUACUUACCCAGAAGCCAAUCUGGCGUAACGAGAGUGAUGAUGUGAACUGGGGUUUCCCAGCAAGUACCAUGACAAUCCAGCCGAAUCAGUUGUCCAUUCUCAUACACGGUAACUCGGCACUUUUAAUUAUGCGUAAUUAUGGCAUUAUGUGUAAGAGGCAUGCAUUAUGUCUAAGAAAAUAUUAGUGAUUUUUCUCCACUGACUGAAGUCCAGGUGCUGUCAAAAGUUCUGCAGCCCCUGUGAGUGGGAGGUCCUCAGACUGAAAUGCUCAGUGGGGCUGAAGGAUGGUGGGAUGGUCUCUGCAUUGAUUCCUUUUAAUCACCUGGUACUUCAUCAGCAUAAACUAAUGAAUGACACCACGGGUGUUUAACAUGACUGAUUAAUCCGUCAAGCUUCCUAUAGUACGAGAAUUAAAAAAAAAACAAAAACAAACUUGAAUGCUUCUUAAAAACAUGCUUAAAUUUUUAAAUUAUUGAUAAGUAACAUAAAUGAGAAUAAUAUGUUAAAUCUCAAUAGCAUAGGCAUCCGUUUGCUUUUUUGCACCAUUGUGAAACAUUUGCAUGAAAUUCUGAUUCUUGAGUAUGGUACAUUUUUCAGUUGUGUGGUAAUGUUUCAAGUGGUUGUUUGUCCUUGUGGAUUACAAUUUAUCUUGACAUGGCUUUGAAUGUGUUCAUUUAUGUGCAGAAUUGCAGAAAGGUUAGUGUUUCAAGAAGCGUCACUCAUACUUUAUUAUUGUACAGAGUACAGUACAGCGGCUGCCUCAAUACGAGCCCCAGAGAGGCGAGAACCCAGGGGACGUCAGGAACCGGGAAGGGAUCCGAGGGCAGAACUGAGGUCUGGUGACGUGGGGGGUGGGUGGGUUCUUGCGGUUCCUGGUGAUGAGAGCCAGCAUCCUUGCAUCAAGCUGGGUCCGUCUAAAAAUGAAGGGACUGAGAAGCGUGUGAGAUGUUUAAAUGACGAAACACUCAAAUUGUUCACAAGUCCAAAAAGACUACAAUGUGUAAGGAAUCGUCAGUUUCUUUUAAAGCUUUGCCAGUCAGGAUGUAUUUCUGCGUGUGUGUGAUGAUGAAGGCAGUGCGAUGGCACGGUAGGUCAGACUAAGGCCUCGCGUAUCCAAGGUCGUUGCUAAAUUAGCCACAGUAUCUGUGCUGUGUCUCCUGUAAAUGGUUCCAGGCUCGACACAGCACUGGACAAAGAGUUAAGGAAGACCAAUGGACGAAACAGGAAAGACGUUUCUUCGUUUGACAGCACUGCCACUCGGACCACCCAGUGUGUUCAGGUUCACAGUCUGUUCUCCUUCCGACUUAAGAUCCAAGAGGUGUUUUGUUGUGUAGGUAAGUUGAGCCUGUCAUGAUGCCCCUGGCGCGACGUGCUGCUUGAUACAGAAUUACAGUCCCAUUGGUAAAUGUGGGUGAAAUGGGAACAGCACUUUGAGACAGGUAAAGCAGUGGUCAUAUCUGUUAACGUCAGCGGGAAGCAUAGCAAAGGCAGUAUAGCUAAAAAAUUGAGCGCUUACGACUAACAGGAAAACGAGGCUAUAAAUCCAGCACUUUAUGGUGGGGGGAAAGGCAGUUGCUACGUGUCUGAUCCCUCUGUCUGAUCCCUCUGUCUGCUCUCCUCUGUCUGCUCUCCUCUGUCUGCUCUCCUCUGUCUCUGCAUAAACAAUGUAUGAGGCCGUCAUUCGAGCCAAGGGGCAACAGUGCUUUGGUCGACUGCCAUGCCCUUGCCCUGCGCCGUCCUCUUCAUCACUAAAAGCUGCUCUAUGUGGAGGGGGUCAUGGGUAAAAUGGUUUCACGAUUUUCACACGCAGGUGCAGCUCACUCCUGUUCACCAGUCAGGGAGAGGGUGGACAUUUUUUGCAAUCCCGUGUAUCUAGGUGGAAUACCUGACUAAAACAUACCCCGUAAGUCAAUUUUAAAUGUACGGUGACCCAAUUUAGUAAUGUUAGCCUUCAAGGUGGUCCAAGGAGACUGGAUAACUGAGGGGAGUAUGAUGAACACCUUCUAAUCAUUCUCUCCUUCAUAGUCCAAAGGUUAAUUCUAUUGUCCAUAUGAACACGUGUGUGUUCUGUUGACUAAUCACAUAUUCAUUUAUUGUGCUGUUGAAAAGCCUUUUGUAACAUGGUUUCGACGGAUACGUCACGUGACUGCAGUUGAAAGUUGGAAUGCAUGGUAGCAAUGAAAACAGGAUUCGCUGGCAGUUUCUGUUAUUUUGAAAAGGUGCAUGACGGAUUGGCACUAACGUGGAGCUAAAGUGAAAUUGCAUGUUUGCUAUAAGUGACCCCCACUCUGAGUUUAUCGGCUGCGUCCUUCGUGCCGGAAUAACCGGUCCGUAUGCUUCUGAAGCGGCUCAGAUUGGAAAAAUAAUCUGACCGGGUGGCUGAUAGUGUCGCCUGAGAAUGCAAAGUGCAGGACGGCGCAGAUCGGCUGUCACCUCCCAGUUACCGGGUCACUGCACUUGCUGUUGUCUGAGUCUGAACAUUAGUAAAUUAAUUAGGUAAAUCAGUCUUCAACUUUUUAAAUUACAGGAUAUUUGAGGUCUAAAAAGACCUAAAAAUGUCAUUAUUGUUUUAUUUCAAAUUAAAAUAAAACUAUCCAGCUCUGCCCUUCCUUUGAAUGUUGGUCUCUGAUCUGUGUCUAAUUUAUUUUUCUUAUUUGAAAACAUUGUAUGUGUGGUUCAAAACCUAGAAUACGGCAUUAAUGUGUCUGUAUAGCUUUUUUUAAGAAUAAAAUGGACUAAUUUCUCUAGAUUGUGGAUGGCUUGGCAAAUGUCUCCUUUUUCCUUUACUCGUAUUCAGAGUGAGAUGUUCAUGCAGUUUCUGGUCUGUAUCUCAGCUUAGUUGCUAUGCAGGCUGAGAACGUGUCAUCACAGGUUAACAAACUGGAAAUUCUGGAUUGCAUUCUCUGAAAUGCUCUGCUCUCCUUCCUUCAAAAGAAUUUCCCCCUGAGAUGAAUAAAAUGUGUCUUACCA